GGGAGGUGGGGGGACCCCAUACUCCUUCAGGCUGCCCACCUGCAUCACCAACUGCAGGCCUUUGCAAAGUCCCUGGGGUGGGCGAGCCAACAGAGCCCGGCCCUUGGGGUCCCCAGCAUUCCCCCCACUGCUUUCCCACUCCCCCCUCCAUCCACAUUGUCCCUUAUUCUUCUUCCUCUGUCCCCAUCACUUGCUGAUCACAGUCCCUGCCCUGGAGGAAGCUGCACAAGGUCCAGACUGUCUACUCAGGAGACAGACACAGAAGGAGACUUACUUUGUUCCAAAAUGGCAUCUCCCUUUUAUCAAGUUUUCUUAGUUGCUGGCCUCUGCGCUCCAAUCUGCUGUGUUUCCCCAUCCAGUUCCCGCAGCAAUGGGUUCCCCUGCCAUCCUUCCCCAAAGAGCAGCCCUGCCUCCCAAGUGUCUUUCAGCAACACCAACUUUGCCUUUUGCCUGUACCGGAGGCUGGUUCUGAAGACUCCAAAUCAGAACAUCUUCUUCUCCCCUGUGAGUGUCUCCACUGCCCUGGCCAUGCUCUCUCUUGGGGCCUGCUCGGCUACCAAGGCCCAGAUCCUCCAGAGCCUGGGGUUCAACCACACACACACCCCAGAGUCUGCCAUUCACCAGGGCUUCCAGCACCUGGUCCAUUCUCUCAGUGUCCCCAGCAAAGACCUGGCCUUGAAGAUGGGGAAUGUCCUCUUCAUCAAAAAAGAGCUUCAGUUGCAGACCAAUUUCUUGGACAAUGUCAAGAGGCUGUAUGAGUCAGAAGUCUUCUCUACAGAUUUCUCCAACACCUUCACUGCCCGGGAGAAGAUCAACAGCUAUGUGGAGAAGGUUACCAAAGGGAAGAUUGUAAACUUAAUCCAAGAGCUUGAACCUCUGACAGCCAUGGUUCUGGUGAACCACAUUUUCUUUAAAGCCAAGUGGGAGAAGCCCUUUAACCCGCUGUACACAAGGAAAAGCUUCCCAUUCCUGGUUGGCAACAGGACCACCGUGCAGGUUCCUAUGAUGGACCAGGUGGAGGAAUUUGCUUUUGGGGUCGAUCCGGAGCUGAACUGCUCCGUGCUGCAGAUGGACUACAAUGAAGAUACUGUGGCCUUCUUUGUCCUCCCUGGCCAGGGCAAGAUGAGGCAGCUGGAACAGGCCUUGUCAGCCAAGAUGCUGAGGAAAUGGAGCCACUCACUCCAGAAAAGGUGGUUAAAGGUGUUCGUUCCAAGAUUUUCCAUUUCUGCCUCUUAUGACUUGGAAACCAUCCUCCCAAAGAUGGGCAUCCGGGAUGCCUUUGAUAAAAAUGCUGAUUUUUCUGGAAUCACAAAGAAAGACUUCCUGCAGGUUUCUAAAGCUGCCCACAAGGCUGUGCUGGACGUCAGGGAGGAGGGGACGGAAGCUUCUGCAGCGACCACCACCAAGCUCGUAGUCCGAUCAAAGGACGGCCCCUCUUACUCCGUCAUCUGCUUCAACAGGUCCUUCCUGUUGCUGAUUAUAAACAAAGCUACAGAGACCAUAAUCUUCCUAGGAAAAGUGGAAAAUCCCAUCUAGCUGGAAAUAGCCUGCUGACUUGAUUACCCAUCGGCGAUGCAUGGAAAAUAACAAACCACAGUGGGUGAUGUUGCUGGUGUGCCAUCAGCACGGACCUCCUCCUGCUUUGAGGCUCCCCCUGCCCCCAGCAGGCUGCACUCCCUGCUGGACGCCACUUUGGAGACUCAGUCAUCAAAAGUCAGCAGAGAUCCCAGCCACAACCCAGUAGCCGCCAGUCUGUGCUCUUUUCUACAGAUCAUCCUGACUAACUAGCUUCAUGGACCAUUUCUGGGUUGGCAUAUUUCUAUUCCUUGGAGCCCUGGGAAUGGGAACAUAGAGGUCAGUCACCUUUAUUGUAGAAUUACAGUAAUAAAUUCAAUAAACCUAAAAUGAGAA